ACUCCAAUUAGUCAGCAACCGCCAUCUUGGUUUUGGUGGUGUGCUCGUGUGACAAAAGGCUUUUUAAGAGGAAAAAAAAGUUCCCUAAGUUGAGGGAACGCUUACAGAAGAAGAAAAAUGUCUAUUAUGGAAUACAAUGGCGCUGCCAUCAUAGCGAUGGUUGGUAAAGAUUGCGUCGCCAUUGCGGCGGAUCGUCGCUUGGGAAUUCAAGCACAGACGUUGUCUUGCGACUUUCAGAAAGUCUUUCAGAUGGGAGAUAAGCUGUUUCUCGGUCUUCCCGGCUUGGCGACAGACGUGCAAACCGUUUCAAACCGGCUAACGUUUCGCAAGAAUUUGUACGAGCUGCGAGAAAGCCGUCAAAUCAAGCCUAAAACUUUCAUGAGUAUGGUGUCAAACUUGCUCUACGAAAGAAGGUUCGGGCCAUAUUUCGUGGAGCCCGUGAUUGCGGGUUUAGACCCGAAGACCAACGAGCCUUACAUCGCGGCUUUAGACCUGAUCGGGUGUCCGAUGGAGACGAAAGAUUUCGUGGUGAGCGGCACUUGCUCGGAGCAAAUGUACGGAAUGUGCGAAUCCCUGUGGGAACCAGAUCUGGAGCCUGAUGACCUGUUUGAGACCAUCUCACAGGCGCUGAUGAAUGCUGUGGAUCGUGAUGCUGUCAGUGGCUGGGGUGGUAUAGUGCAUGUGAUAGAGAAAGAUAAAAUAACGACACGGACACUGAAAGCAAGGAUGGACUAGACUGUUUCUGAAAUAGCUGAACAAUGCUGACUGUGCUAAAUUAACAUACAUUGGAUCCCGAUUUCUCAAACCCUCAGUUUUUCAAACGUCCCGAUAACUUGACCAAAAAUGUGUUUCCCCUGCUCAGUCAAACACUAUAAUGUCCCCCCCCCCCUGAUUUCUUGAACUAUUAGAUUUUUCAAACCAAUUUUCGCUUCCCUUGGAGGUUUGAAAGAUUGGGAUUCCACUGUACUGUCUUGUGAAGAUAAGUAUUCAAAUGCCUUUUACUUUCAGAUGGCUCAGAAUUUGCAACCUUGACAGGUGAAGACUAAGUGUGUUAAUUUCCAUGAACCUUUAACAUCAUGCAAAAUUUUUGAAAAUCAUAAGUAGAAGGCAUUAGGGUAAUUUGACAAGAACCUUAGCUAUUGCGUGAAAACCCUCUGUAGUCCCCAAGUCGUUCCCCAAGUUGAUAACUGUCCAUAAUGCAUUGACUAAGAACUUUUUGACAAGACUAAUAAAUAGUCCCCAGUGUGUUGUUUAUUGGA